AUGCCCAGACCAGCACAUCCAAAACGGCCACGGCAGCAGCGUCGAGACGAUACUGAGGUAUCGACAUCGUCUAGUGCUGCUUUACCUCCUGCGGCGUUCACGAGGGCGUACGAGACCCAGCUCGUGCGGUCGCGACCUCCCAAGCCGGCACUGAUGCGGUGGACCGGGGGCGAGCAAGGUGGUGGCCAACGAGCCCAGCGUGACGUGUGGGCCGACAGACACGACAUUGUGCACCUUCUCAGCUCGCUCGACGUGGAUACCAGCCGUGACGACCGCCCGCGACCGCCUUCCCCCGCCAGCUCGAGCGGGUCGCGCUCCUCGUACGCGUCCUGGUCGCUGCCGUCUGACGAGGAGGAGGCGUGGGCGCUGUCGGGCGACGACGAGGUCGCAGCGUACAAGGCCGGCAAGCGGCGUGCGUGGGUGGAGGGCCUUCGCGAGGCGCGGCUACGUGAUCGCGCCCGCGAGGACGGGGCCACAAAGCAGGCAGCAAUGGACGCCCAGGAUCGCCUAGCAAACGAGCCGCCAACGGCCGAGAUCCUCAACCUCAUGGAACACACUGCGCGCGCGCUCGCCGCUUCGCCCAACGCCGCCGCGCUCGAGAUGCGGAUUCUGGCCCGGCAUUCGGCCGACGCGCGCUUCACGUUCCUGCGCGCCGGAGCAGUGCAUUCUGCCGUCUGGGCACGAGUACGCGCUGCCGCUGUCAGCCAUUUGCCUUCGCUUUCGCAUUCAGGAGGAGCAGGCUCUGCUUCCACUGCUGCUUCCGGUCCGUCGGGCACUGUGAGCAGCGGCGGUGCUGGCUCGCUCUCGCUCUCCGCGUUGGCUGGGCGGCAACGAGACAAGGUCAAGGUCCCGGACGGGAUGGGUCGAUUACAAGGCACCGUGACAGGCCCACAUAUCGCUGCUGCUGGACCGGGUCCGGGAACCAAAGUUUAUAAUCAAGACAGCCAUCUGUCGUCGUCGUCGUUGGCCACCUCAUCACAGUCCACGGUUGAGCAUAAAGUGGCGCCAAAUGUGCGCGCAAAGGCAAAGGGAUCAAUCGGCAGCGGCAGCGGCGGCGGUGGAGGUGCGAUGGGGUCCCUCGGCGGGCUGGGAGGGUACGGAAGCGAUGGGUCAGACUCGGACUCGUCGGCCUCGUCCUCGUGCUCGUCCUCGCAUCGGUCGGGCAAACCCAAGCCUUCCACCACCACCUCCACUUGCGCUCCACCAUCGCCACAUCAGCCCCCUGAGCCCACUGGAACCCCUCCCCCUUCCCCUCCUCCUCCUCCCCCUCCGUCCUAA